AUGUUACAAGAUUCAUUAAGUGGUUCAUUUUACCAUGCAAAAACAGCUCUUGGAGAAAAUUUAAAAAAAAUAAGGCAUUUAGAUGAUGAAUGGUGUCAGUUACAUAAAAUAUAUGAUGAACAAUUUUCAGAAUAUACAAAUAUUGUUUUAAAUGGUGGUAAUCCAAAUGAAGAAAAAAUUUUAUUUGAUAAAUGCCUUAGUUUAGUUGAGAGGAUAAAAUUAAUUUCAGAAGAAAAAAGAAAACUUGCUAGAGAAGCAUCAGAUAAUAUAAAUUCACAUUUGGAAACGGUAAAUGAUAUUUGUAGAGUAAUUAGUGACAAAAUACGAGAAGCAUCUGCUGCUGAUACUUCAAUAAAACGAAAAGGUCUUUCAAAGAAAGGCGAUAAAAGAAAGGAGGUUGUAAUUAAAGAAGAACUUGAAGUUAAUGAGGUUCUCAAUAAAGAUACAGUUGUUGCAAUGGAGAAUGAACCUAUUUACUGUAUAUGUAGAGAGGUUGCUUAUGGAUCAAUGAUCCAAUGUGAUAAUGAUAAAUGUCCUAUUCAAUGGUUUCAUCUAGAAUGUGUUAAAGUUACUGAAAUACCUAAAGAUGAUGAAUUGUGGUUUUGUGAUAAAUGUAGUGCAAAAAAAAGUACAAAACGAAAAAAUUAA